CAUGCACCCAAUUCGUUAGCUUGAGAAGGGAACAUGGCGGCGUCCCUGAUUUGCGGCCGAUUGUCGGCAAGCCUGAGAAAUUCUGGGGCAAGAUCGACGCGUAACACUGCAUCCAAAGUGCUGGGUGGUUCCUCCGGCCUUCUUGGGGCUCAGCAGCAGCCCUCCCACCUUCAGCAGCAGCAGAGGAACCUCUCCCUGCAUGAGUACAUGAGCAUCGGCCUGCUCAAAGAGGCUGGCGUCUGUGUGCCCGAGGGCAAGGUUGCCAGCUCACCCGAUGAAGCCUACUCUGUUGCCAAGGAGAUUGGCACCAAGGAUCUAGUGGUGAAGGCUCAAGUGUUGGCUGGAGGCCGAGGCAAAGGCACCUUCGAGGGAGGUCUGAAGGGAGGAGUGAAGAUUGUCUACUCUCCAGAGGAGGCCCGGGACAUCUCCUCUCAGAUGAUUGGUCGUAAGCUGUACACCAAGCAGACAGGCGAGCAGGGCCGUAUCUGUAACCAGGUGUUCAUCUGUGAGCGCAGGUACCCCCGCAGGGAGUACUACUUCGCCAUCACCAUGGAGAGAUCCUUCCAGGGCCCCGUGUUGAUUGGCAGCUCUCAGGGGGGCGUGAACAUCGAGGAUGUGGCAGCGGAGAAUCCCGACGCCAUUGUGAAGGAGCCAAUCGACAUCAUGGAGGGAAUCAAGAUGGAACAAGCUGUUUCGAUUGCCACAAAGAUGGGCUUCCCUGCUGCUCUGAUUGACGACGCAGCUGCUAACAUAAUCAAGCUCUACAACGUCUUCUUGAAGUUUGACGCCUCCAUGCUGGAGAUCAACCCCAUGGUGGAGGACGCCUCUGGCCAGGUGAUGUGCAUGGACGCCAAGAUCAACUUUGACUCGAACGCAGCGUAUCGCCAGAAGAAGGUGUUUGACAUGCAGGACUGGACCCAGGAGGAUGCCAGGGACCGACAGGCAGCCAAGGCUGACCUCAACUACAUUGGCCUGGACGGAUCCAUCGGGUGUCUGGUGAACGGGGCUGGUCUUGCCAUGGCCACCAUGGACAUCAUUAAGCUGCAUGGUGGCACGCCCGCCAACUUCCUGGACGUGGGGGGCGGAGCUACAGCCCACCAGGUGAUGGAGGCCUUUAAACUCAUCACCUCUGACAGGAAGGUGCAGGCCAUCCUUGUGAACAUCUUUGGUGGCAUCAUGAGGUGUGACAUCAUUGCUCAGGGCAUCAUCAUGGCUGUUACAGACCUGGACCUGAAGAUCCCCAUUGUGGUGCGGUUACAAGGAUCCAGAGUGGAUGAUGCCAAAGCUUUGAUUGCCGCUAGCCCACUGAAGCUCCUGGCCUGUGACGAUCUGGACGAGGCCGCUAGAAUGGUUGUAAAGCUUUCUGAAAUUGUGUCGCUGGCUCAGGAGGCUCAUGUGGACAUCUCUUUCCAGCUGCCACUCUAAGCCAUGUCCCUUGACUCUAUGACCACAUCUGAACCCUGACACCCCACCCCUUGAACAACAAGAAGAGCCUCUCAUUACUGAGCGAAUACUCCAAUACAACACAGCCCACCAACUUCUGUUAGUUCUGUUUCUCUCUUUCUCUCUCUGUGGCAAGGCUCCAAAAUACACACACACAUACAGGUAACUGCCAAAUUAAAGGAAACUAAGUAAAUGAGGGAUACAAAGUUGCCUGGCAACCCAGACUCCUUGCUCGUGCCAAACGCUAUGCCACACCCACGAACGUUAGUUUCUUCACUGCAAAGAGUCUGGAUCUGAGUACCUUCCCGACCCUUCAUCAAAUGCGAACACAUUCAGGGUCGUCUGAUUGGUCCAGAAACCGAUGAUAUGAGCCAGAACACACGUGUGUAAAGCUGCGGUUUGAAAAUGUCAUUAACUUUAGCUACUUUCCUCACUCUGUUUUGUUAUGUGUGAAGGGGCUUCCUACUGUGGCUUGUCGGUUUGUUCAAGCACACUUAUCAGAUUAGACACUGGUGGCGCUCCUCCAGAUUAGUCCAGUAUUAUUCACUCUGUUGUGUUGCUUUUUCCCCCGUGAGGAGAGAAUGGUUUUGGUUACUUCAUCACCCCUCUGGCCACCUCUCUUCCUCAGCUCCCACAAUGCAUAGCACUACUUAUAACGCACAAACCCCCAACCUUUCUCUUUCCUGGGAGAGAGUGGUGUUUCUAUCUAUUUACUGUAACUUGGGCUCUGAAGGUACAGCUAAUUCCCCUUUGAAAAAUAGUUUAUAGUCUAAGUAGGAGGCAACGCAAUGGGUAUGUCUACAAGAAUAUGCUAUACAAUUAGUCAUCAAUUAAACACUUAGUUAAGAGGUAAAAACAAAGCACACAGUGUACAACAAUAAAGAAGGUCUUCCUAAUUUUGAGUUGCACGCACAUACAAUCCAUGUAUCAAGGCUUAAAAAUCCUUCUUUAACCCGUCUCCUCCCCUUCAUCUACACUGAUUGAAGUGGAUUUAACAAGUGACAUCAUUAAGGGAUCAUAGCUUUCAGCUGGAUUCACCUGGUCAGUCUGUCAUAGAAAGAGCAGGCAUUCUUAAUGUUUUGUCCUCAGUGUAUGUGUUACAUUUACAACAAUGCUCAAGAGACUUUUCACACCACAUUCUUGCAAUACUUAGUCAAUAAACGCAUAUCUUAGGUUCCAUGCUGGUAUGGUUGAAAGAGGACUAAUUACUGCAGGUGGGGGCAUUUAAAGGGGUAACCCCGCCUCUCAGGUGGAUGUGAUCUGAUUGAUUACUUUGACUGAGGUGUGUGGUGACCAAUAAGGAUCAGGCUCCCCUCCAGGAGGUAGGGGUUUUGUACACGGUUCAUUCUCCUGGAUCAGUGGUUUCGAGAGGGUUACUGCUGGAUGCAAUGUCACAGUCAGUCAUAGCCCCCCCACCCUUAAGUGUCCAGUCUGCCCCUGCAGGAGUGCCUUAUAUUGAGUGGUCUGAGAAUGGGAGAUGGGGUAAGAAUUAGGGGGGGUUUAUAGGGGAGGUGCCCAUUGUAAUGACAGCUGCUAGGUUGUGACACUGGACUAAUACUUGGCAAACUAAGAAAAUAGUUUAUGGAAUGUAAAUCAUUUUGUCAAUCAUUUCAUCUCCAUGCAAUUUGAAAUGCAUAGCUGAAUAGUGGAUUGUUCUGAUUCUGGCAAGAGAGACUGACUCAUACCUGGAUAAAAGCAUCGGAGUACUCCUUUACUCCUGAACUAGUAAGAGUUAUUUGUGAGUGUUUAGUGUGUGUGAUAUCUAAACUACUGCUUAUCUGGUUGACUGCAUGUUUGUGUAUUUGUCUCUUCCAUCCCUUCUAUCGGAGGGUCUCCUAUAUAAUAGUCUGCCACCAUGUCACAGGAACAACCUUUCUCACUCUGUUCAGGUACAUAUGAUGACAAAAAUGGGGGUGGGCCGUGUCCACUCAACUGUUAAAAGAUUGUACUGUAGUUUAGUUAAGUCUUCUCUCUAUUUCUCCUUAUCUCCCUCCAUUCCUCUGUAUAUGUUACUCCCCAGCCCUCAGAACACAGAAACACACACAUUGUGAGUUGUAAGACAUUUAUUAUAUCUUGUAAAUAACGAGACCGCUGUUCUCUUCUAUAAAAUAUUUAUGCUUCUCUUGGGGAGUAAAAAAAAAGAAUAAAUGGAGAACACCGA